UGCGCGCACUCGUCUGUCUCUCGGGAGCGGCCUGUGCUGUGCUGUCAGAUGAGCGCACACUGAUCAGUGGACGGUGGAGGAUCGGUCAUCUGUCGCAGGUCAUCUGUCCGGUGUGUGUCGCAGCAGUGUAGCAGGGGACUGAGCCUCUCUAGCCUCAGGAUGUCCAGUCGUGGAGGGAAGAAGAAGGUCAGUAGGGGCUCUCGCUCAGCCCGUGCUGGAGUGAUCUUCCCUGUGGGCCGCAUGCUGCGCUUCUUCAGGAGAGGCCUUCCCAAAUACAGGAUCAGUGUGGGCGCUCCGGUGUACAUGGCUGCGGUGCUGGAGUACCUGACUGCUGAAAUCCUGGAGCUGGCAGGAAACGCAGCCAGAGACAACAAGAAGGGCCGCGUCACACCCAGACACAUUCUACUAGCCAUCGCUAAUGAUGAGGAGCUUCAUCAGUUGCUGCGGGGCGUCACCAUCUCCGCUGGGGGGGUUUUACCCAACAUCCACCCAGAGCUGCUGUCCAAGAAGAGGGAGAGCCGAGAGAAGCUGGAGGCCGCCGUCACUGCUCCACCAUCCAGGAAAACAAGCAAAACAGCCGCUGUCAGGAAACUGCACAGCCAGAAGCCCUCAACAGGAAAGAGGCGGUCUGCUAAAGCGUCUGGUGGACAGAGCGCUCCUGCUGGCGGAUUCACCGUCCUGUCCUCUAAAAGCUUAUUCCUGGGCCAGAAGCUGCAGGUUGUUCAGGCUGAUAUCGCCAGCAUAGAGAGUGAAGCGGUCGUUCAUCCCACCAACUCCAGCUUCUACAUGGGUGGGGAAGUAGGCAGCGCUCUGGAGAAGAUUGGAGGAAAAGAGCUGUCAGACGCUGUUCUGGAGCUGCGCAAGAGCAACGGCCCCCUGGAGGUGGCAGGAGCCGCCAUCAGCUCCGGGUUUGGUCUUCCGGCCAAGUUCGUGAUCCACUGCAACAGUCCGGCGUGGGGCUCAGACCAGUGUGAGGAGAUGCUGGAGAAAACCGUCAAGAACUGCCUGGCUCUGGCGGAUGAGCAGAAGCUGCGGUCGGUGGCGUUCCCCUCCAUCGGCAGCGGCAGGAAUGGCUUCCCGAAGCAGAAGGCCGCUCAGCUCAUCCUGAAGGCCAUCUCCAGCUACUUCGUGACCACCAUGUCCUCCUCCAUCAAGACAGUGUACUUCGUGCUGUUUGACAACGAGAGCAUCGGGAUAUACGUGCAGGAGAUGGCCAAACUCGACAGCAAAUGAGCCGCCGGUGAAGGAAAACAGAUGAGUUACGCUUAGAGAUGAUUGUCUUCUGGACUGCACUACACUUGAUGAAUGAAAUAUGAGAUAUGCAUAUGAUGUAUAAGGGAAGUUCAGGGAUAAACACACACAACAUGAUUAAAUAUGCACUGAAAAUGGUGGCAGUUAAAGGAGUAGAUCCCCAAAACAUGAACAUUUACUCACUGUUUACUCUCUCUCAUGUGGUUUUAAACCUUUAUGAGUUUCUGUUGAACACUAAAGAAGAUAUUUAGAAGAAUGUUGGAAACCUGAUGUGUAUGUAAUAUGGGUUAAAAUGAUGAGAUCAAUGACAUAUUUUGGUACCUUAUGAUUGACAGCAGCUGUUGUUUUCUUCUGACAGGGUGGGUUUAUGUUUGUUAUGUUGCUGCGUAAUUUAAUCUCUCAUUUCCUCUGUUCUGUGAGUGUAUCAGGAAUGUUAAUAUGCAAAUGAUGUGCCUGAAUUAACUCAACAGAUUUAUAAUGAACAUUAAUCAGAAA